AUUCUUUUGAAUCCGUUGCUCUUUGAACGACUCAUAUCUUGUUUAGUUAUCAGUGUAGGUUUCAGUAUAGUUGUCUAACGUAGCAAUGGCAACCGAAGUGGACGAUACGUUGAAAAGGAUUCAAGCUCACAAAGGCGUUGUUGGGACAAUAGUUAUUACUGGGGAUGGUGUUCCAAUAAAGAGUACAUUGGACAAUACUACAACUGUUCAGUAUACAGCUCUCCUAACUCAGCUGUGUGACAGGGCAAGGACUGCUGUCCGCGACUUAGAUCCAACCAAUGAUUUAACUUUUCUUCGACUACGUUCAAAGAAAAAUGAAAUAAUGAUAGCCCCUGACAAAGAAUUUGUUCUUAUUGUAAUCCAAGCACCAGCUGAAUGAGAAGAAUUCUUGUGAGAAGUUCUGUUUCACUUAUUUUUAUGUUUAUAUUUAAUAAUAUUUAUAGUUAAAUAAAAUUAAGUUAUGUUAAUCAUUUAAUUGGCAAGUGUCAUAUUAUUGUUGUAAUAUUUCUUUUCCAAUGUACUCAAAUUUUAGGGGUGAUUUUUCUCUUUUUAAUUUAAUUGCAGAAUUAUGUUUUAUGUGGUUUAUUUAUCAGCCUAAAAAUCCCUUAAAAAAUAGAUACUGCACACUGAAAACAGUUUGAACAUUGUACUAACUCUGUUCUGAUAAUUUUUUUUUAAAUGUUUUCUGUUUAGGUAUAUCUGGAGGGCACCAUUUAUGUGAUAUAAAUAUUUAUUUAUUGUUUUGCUAUUUAUUUUGGUACUUACGUAAUUCCAUACAAGACUAAACAUUGAUUCUGGUAAAAAGGUAUAUUAGUGUAAAUAAAAAAAAAACCUUUAUAAAUAUUAUCAAGUAAUUAAUUUUUAAAAAAAUAACAGAAACUUUUCUAUUCAAAUAAAAUAGACUGACUUAUUGAAAAAAAAAUAUAAGAAGAGAGAGAAUAGGUAAGUGAAAGUAAAAAAAACAUAAUCCAAUGUUAAAGUUUGUAAAAUCAUAACAUCUAAAACAUUGUUUUAUUUUUGGUAUUGAUUAAGCUGAAAUAAAAAUUCUGUAUCUUUAAAGUCUCCAAUUAGCAAGUGCUUGUUUUGAUUGUGAGAAGCUGUUCGAUAAAGAGAUAUUUGGAUAAACAUAAGAAGAAAGAGUGGUAUAUACUAAGAGGAAGAAGAUUUUCAUGACAAUUGGUACCUCUCAUUCAGCAUCUUCAUGGAUAGAUAUCAGUAAUUGAGAGUCAGAGCUCCUUUCUUUUAGUAUCUGUUAAGACAAUAUGAGGUUUAGUAAGAGAAUCUCACUGAGGUGAGCUGUCUGUUAUUUUAAUUUGUUCAAGAGAUGAGUUUGAGUUUUAAGACUUGAUAUAUUACUUUGUAAACUGGGCUGAUGCCUUUAAUCCUUUUUGGGUUUCUUUCAUGAAUCCUGUUUUUUAGUGUAUGUUUUGUGAUGCUUUUGAUUUAAAAUUAAGCUUUACAUCCAUUCUAUUUUCCAUAUAAGAUGCUCCUCUGGCUGUUUCUAUUUUGUUGAUUGAAGUAGAUUUAAUAGCUCUAGUAAUUGCCCUGGACCCCUAGUUUUGGAUUGUAUUUAUUUUAUCACAGUUAGCUUGAGCUGUCAUUUUCUAGCUGCUGAUUCCGCAUUUAAUCAUUGAUCGGAUUGUGGACUCUGAUUGAAGGAUAUAGUAGAUAUGUAGUAGAUAGAUAUAAGAGGGGUUUAGAUGUUUUGCUAAAUGUAAGAUCCAUAGAAAUAUUAUUACGGAGAAAGCCACAUUAACUUGAUGUAAAGGUGAGUUUCCUGAGGUGCCGAAGAUAAACCCAACAAAGCUCUUUAUAAUUAAUUUUAUUGAUGGUCUUUAGUAAUCAUAACCCUAGGAUAGAGAUAUUGGAAAAAUAUUGAUGCAUCAAUAUUU